AUGGACGUCGAACCUCUAAGCUUCGCCACGGUCAAAACGACUCUGCCAACAAUACCGCUACCACCACACGCCUCCCGGGAGCCCGUCGUCACGGAGCGACUAAUACUGAGGCCCGUCUCCCCGGACGACCUGCAGGCUCUGCACGCGCUGCGCACUCAGCCCUCCGUGAUGAAAUGGUCAGCCGCGGGACGCAUCGACGCCGAUCUGGAAGAGACGCGGGCGAGGCUAGCGCAGGACCUACCGCCGCAUGACGUUGGCAACUUCAACGUCUCCAUCUGCCUGCGGUCGACGGGCCAGUGGAUUGGCAUCGGCGGGUGUAAAAAGCCCCGCGGCGAGCUGGGCUGGCCGGAAAUCGGGUACAUGCUCCUGGAGGACUUUUGGGGCAGCGGGUACGGCACGGAGUUUCUGCUGGCGUUUCUCGGGGCCUGGUGGUCUCUGCCCCGCUCCGAGUGUGAAAUCAGCGUCGAGAAGGCGAGCGUCGUUGAGAGGAGCACCGUAGGGGACGAUGAUGUCGUCGUCGAAGAGCUUAUCACGGCCGUGACGGCGGAGGAUAACGGACCCAGCCAGAAAAUGCUGCGGAAAAUUGGGUUCGAAAAGUUCAAGGUGUGGGAGGAACAAGACGGAGAAAAUCAGACGAUCGUUCUCGUCGGGUACAGUAUGCAUCGGCCCAAGCAGUAA